AUGAACCCGGGUCCUAUACCUGGAUAUUUUUAUGAUACCGAAAAAAAAAAGUAUUUCAAGAUUUCAACGGCUUCUCAAGGUCUAAAUUCUGCAUACUCUCAGGACUCUUUAAAAAUGCGCAAGGUUCUUGAAAUCAGAAAGGAACGGGAGUCAAAUUUCAAAAGAGAUUCGAGGAGUAGAAUUAAGCCAUCAACCAUCUUACGCAGUACUUUGCCUGGUGGCCUUCUCUUAAGGGAAUAUGGAUUUACACCCAUCGAUACUCCACGAGUCUUAGCUGCCGGACUUCAACCAUAUGGGUCCUUUAAUUUGGAAAAAGGUAGAGUUAAGAGUAUCAAUGAGGGGUGUAGUCUCUUUGACAUUGUUCCGUAUUUAAGCACAACUACGCCUUCAAAUAUUGUUGCUGUAAACCUUGGCAAUGAAGUUUCUACAUCUAUAAUGAGCUCCAGAGACAUAUCUUCUACUUGUGGGCGAGAUGGACUAGAUUUUGCCGGUCCAGAUGCAUCUCUAGAAAUUAGGGAAAGAAAGGCAGUUUAUUUCUUCCACAGUACAUCACUACCUACCUCGAUUAGUAUUAACGAACGUCAAGAAAGAGUUAUAUCCACCUCAUUUGGAUCAGGUAGUAGUGGUAUACACGUAUUUAUCACUUAUUUUCAGGAAGAAUCAAAUACCCGAUCAUUUAGUGAAGAACACAUCAUCUUAGAUAAACCCUUGGAUGGACCAAUUGACUUCUUCUGUUCCGUUUCUGCGCCUUCCAAUUCUAACUUAUUUUUUGCCGUCGGCACAAGUCAGGGAGUUUUUAGUAUAAGUUCUAUGCCAUCCAGAGUUUAUCCUACCAGAUAUAGACUUUGCGACACUACAACUGUAGUAUCAAAAAUAUGCCAUCAAAAAGAUGUUUUUGCUGUAGAGUUCCUCAAAGAAUGUCCCGAUCUACUUCUCUCAGGUGGUCGUCCAGGAAAGCUUUUUCUAAGCGAUCUUCGCGAUAGCUCUACAAGAUAUUUAAUGAAGCAUCCUAGUUCCAUCACGCACAUUAAAUCAGUUGAUUCUAAUCACAUCGUUGUCGCUGGACUAGAAUCAAGCUUAUGUCAAUAUGACCUUCGCUUUCUCAAGGAUACUGAAGUAUCGGCAACGUCAGAUUCAAACCAAACUCUCGUAGCCAAUUCAUCUAUAAGUAGUAGCUCGCCCAAAAAACAUAGUACGAUAUCCACACAGCCAAUCGUUACUUAUCAUGGCUACCACAACGAUGCAACUACUGGCCUUGGGUUUGAUCUUGACUUGGACUCAAGAAUUAUAGCUGCAGCGCAGGAGGUCCACGAGGGUCAUAAACCUGUUCAGCUAUUUUCACUUCGUGAUGGAUCUGCUCUUCAUUCCCCCUGCGAGAACCUAGUCUCAGAUAGUAAGAAAUCGUGCGGAAAUCUGGUCCGAAGUAUACGAUUUGCUCAGGAGGCAAAUACACCUACUAAAAGCCUAUUUAUAGGGAGUGGAGGAAUUGUGCAGAAAUAUCAAUGA